CUUUUCGUUCGACACAGAAACUGUGACGUUCCUACGGUUCUUCUUGGACGAAUCGCUUCGCUCUCUCUCGCUUAUCUCAUAUAUUCCAGAUAUCAGCCAUCCUGCUGGUGCCCGGCGGGUGAGUCGAGAAUUCUCAUUCUCCUAACCAUGGCGGACGUGUCAGGCAACAUGCUGAAGAGACCUCAUCCCGAGGAAGAAGAUGAUAAUUCACAGAAGAGACCUCGAUCCAAUAAUGGAUCCCCACAUCCAGGAAAAGGGGCGCCAGCCUCUGGCAAUAUCGAUAUUGCCAAAGUUCUUGCAGAGGCGAGAGCAAAGGCCCAAGCUGUCCGUGACAGGCUCAACGCUGAGAGACAAGGUUCUGUAGUCCCUUCACCACCGGCUUCCAGCCCAAGCCCCGCGCCCCCUGCUGCUAGUUCCGCCAUGUCGAGACUGGAACAGAUGAAGGCAAGAGUGGCCGCUGCAACAGGACGAGCGCAAGCGGCAGCAAAUCAACGAUCUAGCGCCCCAACUCCUCCACUACCACCGCCGCCGCCGCCGCCGCCUCCUGCUGCUGCUGCUGCUCCCUUUGGAGACGAAGAUGACGGCUUGUCGCGCGCUCGUGGGGGUCUCGACGUCGGUUUGCAUCCUGCUCUUUUAUCGGAUACCAUUGAUUUUCGGGGAGGUAAAGGGCGACAAUCAGUGCAGUCGAGGAAUCGUCGGACUGGGUCUCCGAUGACAGGCGGAAAGCAGGGUCGAGCCGGUCUCGAUCUCUCCGGGCCAUCUUUAGAAGAAAUCAAGAAUAAUCCUUACUUUGAUCCGAGUCUGGGUCCAAAAGCUACGAUCGCGAAGCCUCGCCAUUCGCGCCAGCUACUCUUCAACCAAAAGGGAAAAUAUAUCCAACAAGCUGCAGCUCUCCGCCGCCAGGCUCAACUGGAAGCUAUGAAAAAGCGGAUUGCAGAGCGAGCAAGGCAAGCUGGUAUCGAUGAAGACCUAGACGUGGAAAAGGCAUUUAUGGUGCCAGCUCCACCAGAAAUCGAGUGGUGGGACGAAGGCCUUGUGGACGGAACCGACUACUCGGCCAUUGAAGACGAGUGCAACCUCAAAAUCGACUCGCCCGACUCGAUAAUUACUCUAUACGUCCAACAUCCUGUUCUCCUUGAGCCUCCUCAGGAGAAACUAGUCCCCGAGCAGAAGCCGAUGUAUCUCACACCCAAAGAACAAGCUAAGCUUCGUCGCCAACGACGAAUGGCAGAUUUAAAAGAACAACAAGCGAAAAUCCGCCUGGGUCUUGAGCCGGCUCCGCCGCCUAAGGUCAAGAAGUCAAACCUUAUGCGCGUGCUAGGUGAGCAGGCAGUCAAAGAUCCCACAGCUGUGGAAGCGCGUGUGAACCGAGAGAUUGCAGAGCGUCGCGAAACGCAUGAGGCUGCUAACGAAGAGCGAAAAUUAACUAAAGAGCAACGUCACGAAAAGCUUGCUAGACAGCAGGAGAAGGACGCUGAAAAAGGACUCUUUAUGUCGGUAUAUCGGAUUGACAGCCUCGCAAACGGACGUAAUCGUUUCAAGAUCAGCAAGAAUGCUGAACAGAAUGCCCUUACUGGAGUGUGUGUUAUGCAUCCCCGGUUCAAUCUAGUUAUCGUUGAGGGAGGCUCGCAUUCGAUCAACAACUACAGGAAGCUCAUGAUAAACCGCAUCGACUGGACGGAAAAUGCUGGUCCAAGUGCUGUACGAGAGGGGAACCGCGAAGCUCAGGCCGCAUGGCUCGCUGCUGAAGACGAACAAACGGGCGAUCUAAAGGAUCUUAGUUCCAACACAUGCAAUCUUAUCUGGGAGGGUCAGGUCAAAGGCCGAGCUUUCCGGAAGUGGCUCGGUGCGCGAGUGUGUGAAACUGACUCCCAGGCAAAAGAUGUCCUGGCACGAGCAAAGGUGGAGAGUUUUUGGGCCUUAGCGAAAAGCGCAAAACAGAACGAGUCGUGAACGGGAAUGUCGAGUUUCCUGCAUAGACUUCAAGACAUUUUACCAACAGUUACGGAGCAUGCUGAUGUAUGUACAGUAGACAACAAUAAUACCUC